AUGGCUGCUCCCCAUCAGACCGUCGCCUUAGAUGGCCUUGAGAAAAAGAACCUCUCUGCAGAGCAUCUCGAGAUCAUUGGUGUUCAGAGCGAACACAACAUCGAGUGGCUAGCUAGAUAUCCACUCAUUGCCGACAAGUCGCCUGAAGAGCUUCGCAAGAUCGAGAAGGCACUGCUUCGCAAGAUCGACUGGAUCUUCUUGCCGGUGGUUACACUUAUGCUAUUGAUGGGCUACCUUGAUCGCAUCAACGUCGGCAACGCUCGUUUAGCUGGUAUGCAAGAUGAUCUUGAGAUGAGCGAUACGAUGUACAGUCUCGGAAUCAGUGCAUUCUACAUUGGAUAUAUCAUCUCACAGCUCCCUGCCACUGUCUAUCUAGCUCGAGGCAGACCACAGAUUCAGAUGCCCGUCCACGUAGUUAUCUGGUCAGCGAUUACAGCAUGCAUGGCUGCCAUGACAAGCGGAUGGUCGUUCAUCCUUUGUCGUUUCUUGGUUGGAGUGGCUGAAGGCCCUUUCUUGCCGAUGGUCAGCUUGAUGAGCUCUUCGUGGUAUACAAAAGAGGAGGCACCAUUCCGCAUGGCAAUCUGGCAUGCAGGCAAUAUUGCGUCCAACAUCUUUUCUGGUCUUCUCGCAGCAGCAAUCCUUACCACGAUGGAAGGAGUCCAUGGCGUGUCCGCAUGGGGCUGGUUCUUCAUCAUCGAAGGAUGCGUCGGUGUCCUUGUUGGUUUGGCAGGAUUCUACUGUAUUCCAAACUAUCCUCACAACCACAAUGUGAAAUGGUUGACCGAGGAGCAAGCUCAGAUGGCGCAGUACCGCAUGCUUGUCUCUUCAGGUGGAACUUCUGAAGACGACGACAUCUCAGCUUGGCAGGGUGUUUGGCUUGCUUGCAAAGAUCCCUUCACCUGGAUCUUCACAGUCCUCCACUUCGGACUCAUCGUUGCAUUGUCUCAGAAGGACUUCUUCCCUUCGAUUGUCAAGACUUUGGGUUACUCCAAACUUAUGACGUAUCUGAUCCAAGCACCGCCAUACGUGUUCGCCUACCUUGCAACUCUAGCUAUCUCGUGGUCAGCCGGCAAGUACAAAGAGCACUGCUACCAUAUCAUUGGAUCAACCGUGAUGUGCAUUGUUGGCACUGCGAUCGUUAUAAGCACUCUCAAUCCUGGUGCUCGCUACUUUGGAAUGUUCUUCAUGUGUGCGGGUCCUUUCAUCGGCUUGAACAUUCAUAUUCCAUGGGAGACCACCAAUGUUUUCACGCCUAGGGCAAAACGAGGAGCCGUCGUGGCCAUCACAAAUUGCAUUGCUUCGGUCUCACACUGGUUCACACCGUAUCUUUUCCUACGCGAGCAAGAACCGCUCUAUCAGAAUGGCGGUGCUGUGAUCAUUGCUGGUGCGGUCAUGGGUAUCAUUGGUUGUUUGUGGUGCAAAUGGUAUGUGAAGAAGCUCAACAAGAAGCUGGAAGAGAGUGAACAAGCAAACAAUCUUCCCAAGGGCUGGCGCUACGUGGAGUAG